GAAUAAACUUUAUUUAAUAAGAAACGUAAAACGGCUUCACUUGAUCUCAACGUUGUUUGAAAUAAUUCCAUCAAAAACAGUUUUCAUUCAUGAAAAAUUAAAUAAAAUCUAAAUUUAAAGAAAGUUUCAGGAAGACGUUAUGAAUGUUACUGUGACGUCACCACACUGUAACCUAUUAAUACUCCGAUCAUCCUCAUAGCAGCUUUGACUAAGACAAGAAUUAAAGCUUAAAACUAAAAAUAAACACAGCUUUUAGGAUCGAAACUUAUAUCAGUCUUCCUCAACGAAAAUUUUUAUUUUUAGACUUGGGGAGGAGAAUCUUCUGACCACUAACUUUCUGUUCCGGCUGAUGAUGUCAGGCUGCCAUCUUGCUGUCUGCUGCUCAGUCCUCUUUGUGCGCGAGGCGUUAGCUAGCAGCGUUAGCUUGUGUUCAGAGGACGGCGGUGUUUCGUUGGGACGUUCGUGAGGUUUGUGGACAGAAAGGACGAUACGUGGUUCGUGUGGAACUCUCCGCAUUUGGUCGUAAAUGAGUGAAUACGUGUUGAACGUAAAGACAACGUGGCUGUGAUUGUGAGACUAGCAGAUGAUCGGAGCUGCUGCUGUUCAGAGGACUUUGGUGUUUGUUGGAGCUGAAGAUCUUUUGCAGCUGCAGGAACCAUGUCUUCAUUUGAUCAGAAAGAUUCUGUCAGCGAGCAACUUUCUGCUGCUGAAGAAACCUUCGGACUCUGUGAAGGAACCAUCGUCCAGAAUGAGAAUGAGGAGCUCUGUGGUCAGCGCAGACUGCUGGAUAUCACCUGGAACCCGCAGCUUCAGCUCCACAGCAUAGCAGUCCUCCCCCAGGAUUAUAGGACGGAAGAAGUUUCCUGUAACCAGCAGAGGAACUUCACAGUGGACCAUCAAGAACCAGAACCAUCUCAGAUUAAAGAGGAACAUGAAGAACCAGAAGCUCUGCAGAUUAAAGAGGAACAGGAAGAACCAGAAGCUCUACAGAUUAAAGAGGAAGAUGAGGGGUCCUACACCAGUCAGGAUGAAGAUCAGUUUGAUCUGAAGCAGGAGACUGAAACCUUGAUGGAGAUUCCUACUUUGGAGGAACAUGUUCACAGUGAAGCAGAUCUAAAUGAUCAGCAGAGCUUUAAUGGAGCUGAUAGUCAGGAUGAAGAACAUACUUCAACUACAGAUGAAGAGACAGAGCCACAGAACAGAGAUCAGAGGAUCCCAAUAGUCUGUAAUGAAUGCAGUAAAGGUUUUAGUUACUUGUCUCAGUUCAGAGUUCACAUGGGAAUCCAUCAAAAGCCUUUUGCUUGUACAGAAUGCACCAAAAGUUUUAGUAAAUUAACUAAUCUCAAAUCACACAUGAGAACCCAUUCAGGAAAAAAGCCCUUUUCUUGUCAAGAAUGUAAUAAAAGUUUUAGACAAACAUCUGAUUUAAAAACACACAUGAGAACUCAUACAGGAGAGAAGCCUUUUCCUUGUAAAGAAUGCAAUACAAGCUUUAGUCAAAUAUCUCAUCUUUGUUCACACAUGAGAACUCACACUGGAGAGAAGCCUUUUACCUGUAAAGAAUGUCAUAAGAGUUUCAGUCAGAAACGUUAUCUCAAAACACACAUGAGAACUCACACAGGAGAGAAGCAAUUUACCUGUAAAGAAUGUGAUAAGAGUUUUAGUCGCAUGCAUAGUCUCAAAGCACACAUUACAACUCACACGGGAGAAAAGCCUUUUUCUUGUAAAGAAUGUGAUAAAAGUUUUAGUCUCUUGCAUAAUCUGAAAGCACACAUGAGAACUCACAAAGGAGAAAAGAGUUUUUCUUGCAAAGAGUGUGAUACAAGUUUCAGCCACUUGUAUAAUCUCAAAAGACACAUGAGAACUCACACAGGAGAGAAGCCGUUUUCUUGUAAAGAGUGUGACAAAAGUUUCAUUUGUAUAUCUUAUCUCAAAACUCACAUGAGAACUCACACAGGGGAGAAGCCUUUUUCCUGUAAAGAAUGUGACAAAUGUUUUAGGAAAAAAUCCAUUUUAAAAACACACAUGAGAACUCACUCAGGAGAGAAGCCUUUUUCUUGUAAAGAAUGUGACAAAACCUUUAGUGAAAAAUCUAAUUUAAAAAGACACACUAGAACUCACACAGGAGAGAAGCAGUUUACCUGUAAAGAAUGUCAUAAGAGUUUUAGUCACAUGCAUAGUCUCAAAGCACACAUGACAACUCACACGGGAGAAAAGCCUUUUUCUUGUAAAGAAUGUGACAAAACCUUUAGUGAAAAAUCUAAUUUAAAAAGACACACUAGAACUCACACAGGAGGGGUCUUUUUCUUGUAAGAAAUGUGAUUAAAAUAUAUCUCACACACAGGAGAAUUCACACAGGAGAGAAGCCUUUUCCUCGUGCAGAAACAUAUUAAGAACGUGAAUGUUUCAGUUGAAUAUAUAAUCUUAAUUUACGUAUAAGAACUCACACAGAAAAGAAGGUUUUAAAGAACAUGGAUUCAUGAAUAAUCCAUCAACAGGUUAACGGUAAAAAAAAAAAAUGCGGAUGGGUAAUUAUAACAAGGUUUUUGAAAUCAUUUAUUAACUAGGGCUGGUAAUUGAUUAAAAAAAUUACUUAUUAAUCGCAAACCAAGAAAAGAAUAAUCGUUAUAAAUUUGUGCUUUAGUCUCAGUAUUAGUAUUAGUACAACCACUUAUAUCUGCGAAUAAUCACAAUAUGAAUUCACACAUGAAACUCUACAUUUAGAACAUUUAUUUUUAAUAACUGGUUUGUAAAUAAUUUAAUACUUAAUUUUGUUGUUUUAAUUGUUAAUGAAUUAAAUCUUGACAUACCAUAAAAACACAUUCUAGUGACCCUUUUUAAUUGUGACUAAAGUGCUAAUAACAUAUAAGCUACUUGGUAAUGCUUAAUAAAGUAGAAUUGUUAACCCUUCCUAUUUUAAUUCUUCAUAGUGUGUAGUUAUAAUUCACUUAUAGCAUUUCAAGAACGGCUGUCAAGAACACCCCACAUGCCGGGUGUGUAAAUCUUCAUCUCUUGAACGGCUUUUAUCAGUUAAAGCACUGAUAUUGUUUGUUGGUUUGAAGACAUUUGUCUAAACAACAAUCUUAAAAUAAUGUUCAGUUUUUGUUUGUUAAUUUUUAUUAGUACCUUUUUUGUACUGUGAUUAUUUGGUCUAAAGUUCCUUAGUUGACCAUUGUGAUUGUAGUUUAUGCUAGCUGUUUAAGUCUGUUAUCAUGACAACACUAGAAAUAUUUUGUAUACAUCUCUAAUUCUAACACUUUCAUGUAAUCAGUUUCAUUUUAUUGUUUUAAACUAAAACUGACUGCAGUUCAGACUUUGUGGAUUCAUGUUAGUAACCGUUUAGUAGUGAAGAAACAAAGUUGUAAUAAGGAGUCAGAUAAAGAUUGUAACGCUGAGGUCACACUGGAUGUGGAAGCGGCGCGGAGUGCGCUAGGUCACACCAGACACGAUUUUUUUUCCCACGACGGUCGACAGGCGCUUCGGCUAGAGCUAUUGCUUUUUUUUGCCAUCAUGGUCAAUAACCAAGAUAUCACCCCGUGUUUCUGCUAAAAGGGGAUGGUCU